GCAUGUGUGACAUAAGUCCGUAGCAAUCCAGUGAAUUGUUCGUGGAGCUGCAAUUAAGACAGACCGCGACGGACACCGAUGACACAGGUGUGGCCAAUAGAUCCAUAGCCCAGAGACCAGGGGUUCCCAGUAGACCCAUAAGUGUACGGUUUCUGCUGCUGCUUUUAUUUACAUAACGUUACACCGAGACCGAGACCGAGACCGAGACCGAAACCGAGACCACGGUGGUCGGAGGUCACCGCCUGCCCGAGCUUAUCCCGCCAAAGCCAUAGCCAUUGCCAAAGCUAAAACCAAAACAUGCUGUGUAGUUGUGGCUGUCUGCAGAAGGCAGGCGGUGGAAAGCGACGCAGCUCCUCCGUGGAAGACGCCUCGUCGACUCGAAUGUCGGACCUGGCAUCCAAUGGCCAGCCCCAACCGGAGGCAACAACACGGACUUCCAGUCUGCUACAAUUGUUUCACAGGAAAGGUCCAAAGUGCUUCCGCAAACCCCAGCGACCCAGGAGUCCAAUGCAGGCCGAGAAAUCAAUCAGAGCGGCAAUUUUUAUACAGAAAUGGUAUCGUCGACACCAGGCACGACAAGAAAUGAGAAAACGUUGUAAUUGGCAGAUAUUCCAAAACCUGGAAUACGCCAGCGAACAGGACCAAGCCGAGUUGUAUAAAUUUUUCAAUGAGCUUAUCAAACACAUGCCACAGGCUGCUGGUACAGGGAACAAAAGUCCAACGUCGAAAUUCACCCCUGUUUUAGAGGAGAAUGAUGCACUAGUGGACGAAGUUGGCGAUAUUGUGUCUACUAAAAUACAAUUUCCCAUCAUGAAGAAUCACAUAGAACUUUUAAUUGAUGUAUUCCGCAAGAAAAAGUGCAAUCGUUUGCAUCCCAAGUAUGUGGCUCUGAUACUCCGAGAAGCUGCAAAGUCCCUCAAACAGAUGCCAAACCUAUCGAUGGUAUCGACUGCGGUUUCCCAGCAAGUGACUGUUUGUGGGGAUCUGCACGGAAAGCUUGAUGAUCUGCUUGUAGUUCUCUGUAAGAACGGACUACCAUCCACUUGCAACCCAUAUGUCUUCAAUGGCGACUUUGUGGAUAGAGGCAAAAAGGGACUUGAGGUACUGCUUUUGCUUUUGUCCCUAUAUCUGGCAUUUCCAAAUUCCGUUUUCCUAAAUCGAGGCAAUCACGAGGACAGUGUUAUGAAUGCUCGGUAUGGAUUUAGUCGCGAGGUUGAGCGGAAGUAUCCUCGUAAUUACAAACGUUUGCUAAGACUUAUCGAUGAGGUCUAUCGCUGGCUUCCACUGGGAUCAAUUUUAAAUAGUCGCGUGCUCAUUGUGCACGGUGGGUUCUCAGAUAACACAGAUCUGGAUCUAAUUAAAAGCAUUGAUAGAGGAAAGUACGUAUCAAUUCUACGUCCGCCUCUCACAGAAGCUCAGCCAUUAGACAAGGCCGAGUGGCAACAGAUUUUCGACAUAAUGUGGAGUGAUCCACAGACUGUGCCUGGCUGUAUACCUAAUACGCUACGAGGAGCAGGAGUCUGGUUUGGUCCGGACACAACCGAUAAAUUCCUGGAGCGUCAUCGCUUGAGCUACGUUAUAAGGUCGCAUGAGUGCAAACCAAAUGGACACGAGUUUACACAUGAUAACAAGGUCAUUACCAUAUUCUCUGCUUCAAAUUACUAUGCCAUGGGUUCCAAUAAGGGUGCCUAUAUGCGGCUCAACAACCAGCUUGUGCCCAGAUUUGUCCAAUACGUGUCGGCUGCUUCUCAGGCUAAGAGACUUACAUUCAAGCAGCGCGUAGGAAUCGUGGAGAGUGCCGCUUUGAAGGAGUUGGCGGUGAGGAUGCGAGAGCAUCGGGAUGAGCUGGAGACGGAGUUUAAAAAGUACGAUCCCGACGAUAAAGGGUGUAUAACCAUUUCAAAGUGGUGCCAUGUCAUGGAAGAGGUAACCAAGUUGGGUCUACCAUGGCGUCUACUUCGCGAAAAACUGGCACCUGGUACCGAUAGCCAAAAUGUAAACUAUUUCAGAACAUUGGAUCUUCUGGACACUGAUGUUAUUAUGGAAGCUGAGGCUGAUGGUACAACAGUUAUGGAUGCUUUGUAUGCCAACAAGUCCAGCUUGGAGACCAUUUUCAAUAUAAUAGAUGCUGAUAAUUCAGGUGAAAUAACCCUGGAUGAGUUUGAGAAGGCAAUUGAUCUCCUGGUCGCCCAUAUGCCUGGUGAUUACUCCAAAGCUGAAAUGCUGGAAAAAUGCCGAAUGAUGGAUCUCAAUGGGGAUGGCAAAGUGGAGCUUAAUGAGUUCCUAGAGGCCUUCAGACUUAGUGAUAUACAUAGAAAGCAACAGCAAGAAGCGGAUAUUCGCAAGCGUUCCACGACCAGAUGUUUCAUUAAUCAGCCCCAAUCGGAGUCUGUUACAAAGUUGGCGAACAUAAUAUCAAAAAAUACUUUGGUCAUUGAGCAGGACAUAGAUCCAAUGGAUUGCGAAUCAAAGAUCAUUGAACUAAAGUAAUAAUCGUUAUUAAUAGUACAAUAUAUUACUCGAAUGUUUUCCAGCACUAUAAACUGUCAAAUCUAACGUAUUUUUAUUUAAACUAAAGUUUUACUUUAUUGGUAUUCUUAUUAAAGGUCUUUUUACUUAUUAUCGCAGCACAUGCCUAAAUGCGAAUGCUUCAUUUAAGAUUAAUUUUAUGCCGCUUACUUUUUGCUGUAUGUUUACACUGAACGAAAUAAAGAUCACUUUCCUUUCAACUCUUA